UAUUAAAGCAUAAAGCGUACUUACACAUAACUAGCUAACUCUGGAGGUACAUAACAAAUAACUGAGACAGUUCUCCCAAACACUUCAAUCAAACAAACAAACAACCAUGAGUUCAGUUCCAACUGGCCUGCAGGCCUUUAGCGUGGAGCAGCAGCAGCCCGAGAUAGAGGAUUCUGGUCGGACUCAGAGGGCUGAAUGGGUGCUCAAUUCUCCUGACCCACCGGGUCUAUGUCACGAGCUCAUUGGUUCAAUCAAAGAGACAGUCUUUCCUCAUGGAAACAAGCACUCUUCAUCGUCCAAGAAGAGAACUCCAAGGAAAUGUGUCGUUUCAUUCCUGCAGGCUCUAUUUCCAAUACUCAGCUGGGGAAAGAAUUACAAGGUAUCAAAUUUUAAAAACGAUCUGAUGGCAGGUCUCACGCUGGCUAGCCUUAGCAUUCCUCAGAGUAUAGGAUACGCUAGUUUAGCCAAACUUGAUCCUCAAUAUGGCCUGUAUACAAGCAUUGUACCACCUCUGAUUUAUGCUCUAAUGGGGAGUUCAAAAGAGCUAGCCAUUGGACCAGUAGCUGUUGUUUCCAUGCUGCUCUCCUCCUUGGUUCAGAAAAUAGAAGAUCCUGUGGCUGAUCCCAUUGCCUACAGGAAGCUUGUUUUCACAGCGACCUUCUUCGCGGGAACUUUCCAAGCUCUAUUCGGAAUGUUCAGAUUGGGCUUCCUCGUGGAUUUCUUUUCACAUGCUGCUAUUGUUGGAUUCAUGGCGGGUGCAGCCAUUAUCAUUGGUCUUCAACAACUAAAAGGGCUACUUGGGUUUAGUCACUUCACCGCCAAAACUGAUCUAGUGUCUGUCUUAGAGUCUGUUUUUAGAUCACUUCACAGUGAGUGGUACCCUCUGAAUUUUCUCCUUGGUUGUUCAUUCCUGAUCUUCCUUCUAUUCGCCAGGUUUAUAGGCAGAAGAAACAAAAAGCUCUUCUGGUUGCCCGCUAUUGCUCCUCUUUUAUCAGUUAUAUUAUCCACUUUGAUAGUGUUUUUGACAAAAGCUGACAAGCAUGGAGUUAAGAUAAUAAAACAUAUCAAAAGAGGUAUAAAUCCAAGCUCAGUUCAUCAGUUGCAACUUAACGGCCCAAAUGUUGGACAAGCAGCAAAAAUUGGACUAAUUUCUGCAAUUAUUGCUCUCACGGCAUCCAUUGCUGUUGGCCGAUCUUUUGCUACCAUUAGAGGCUACCACCUUGAUGGGAACAAGGAAAUGGUAGCCAUGGGCUUCAUGAACAUAGCAGGAUCUUUAUCUUCAUGCUAUGUGGCAACUGGUUCAUUCUCACGGACAGCAGUAAAUUUCAGCGCAGGAUGUCAAACAGUGGUAUCAAAUAUAGUGAUGGCGAUUACUGUGCUUGUAUCAAUGGAAUUGCUCACUAGGCUCUUGUAUUUCACUCCAAUUGCUAUCCUUGCUUCAAUCAUUCUGUCUGCCCUUCCUGGGCUUAUUGACAUAAAUGAAGCCUACUAUAUCUGGAAGGUUGACAAACUUGAUUUCCUUGCAUGUUUGGGUGCAUUUCUUGGGGUCCUGUUUGCAUCGGUGGAGAUUGGUCUUUUGGCUGCGGUAACAAUCUCAUUUGCGAAAUUAUUGCUAAGAUCAAUUCGACCUGGCAUAGAAGAACUAGGGAGACUUUCUGGAACCGAUAUCUUCUGUGACAUCAGUCAAUAUCCGAUGGCCAUUAAGAUUCCAGCCAUUGUGAUAAUCCGCGUCAACUCUGCCUUGUGCUUUGCCAAUGCCAAUUUCAUUAGAGAAAGGAUAGUAAGAUGGGUGGCAGAAGAACAAAACAAAAUGAAAGAAAAUGGAAAGGGAAGCCUUGAAGCUGUAAUCCUAGACAUGUCCAACAUGAUGAACAUUGACACUUCAGGAAUAUGUGCACUAGAGGAGCUGCAUAGGAAGUUGGUUUCUGAUGGCAUACAAUUAGCUAUGGCCAAUCCGAGGUUGCAGGUGAUUCACAAGCUGAAGUUGGGCAAAUUUGUAGAUAAAAUUGGAAGAGGAUGGGUUUUCCUCACCAUCGGCGAAGCUGUAGAUGCAUGUCUGGGUUCUAAAUUUGAUAGUCUUAGCAGCUGUUGAUGGCUUUAUGAGGCCUUGGCGUUUAAUAUCACGGUCGGCUAAUUUUGUAACAUAAUGACCCUAAAGAAACUCACAACACUACCAGAUGUUGUGACCAUGAAACUAUGGAAAAAAAGAGAGUGCACUGUGGUUUGUUAAAAAGCUUUCAAAAUUAAUAUAUGUAUGUCUAUAUGUUUGGUUUGAGAGCAUUUUAUAAUAAAAGAGUGUUGAAAGUUGAGAGUC